AUGAACACUCGUCCUCCCGGUGAUAUAAAGGAUCAAAACAUCUCGUUUGAAGACGAUAACCAGUGUGAUCCCUCUGUUCUUUCCAGCUCUCCAACUCGUCGUUGGAAAAAUUGCACUCUACAAAGACGAGGAUCCCGUGCAUCUACAACUUCAGAAGAUUGCGGCGAACGUUACCGCUCUCGUUCUCGAGGAUCAUUAGCAACACAGUAUAACCCUGAUGCUAAUGAAAAUCACUGGUAUAGUAAAUUAGAACAAAUGUCGAGCAGAACCCAAGAUAGAAACACAGAAGAGGAGUCGUCGGCGGACAAUAUGACUUCUCUUCACGAUCAGACGGUUCCAAACCCAAUUGCUGAAGCGUGGAGAAAAUAUUUCCGCAAACAAGUUCACUAA